AUGGCCACCCUGCUCCGCAGCAAGCUGUCCAAUGUGGCCACGUCCGUGUCCAACAAGUCCCAGGCCAAGGUGAGCGGCAUGUUUGCCAGGAUGGGCUUUCAGGCGGCCACGGACGAGGAGGCGGUGGGUUUCGCGCACUGCGACGACCUCGACUUUGAGCACCGCCAGGGCCUGCAGAUGGACAUCCUGAAAGCCGAGGGCGAGCCCUGCGGCGACGAGGGCGCCGAGCCGCCCGUCGAGGGAGACAUCCACUACCAGCGCGGCGGCGGCGCGCCCCUGCCGCCCUCGGGAUCCAAGGACCAGGCCGUGGGGGCUGGCGGCGAGUUCGGGGGCCACGACAAGCCCAAGAUCACGGCGUGGGAGGCGGGCUGGAAUGUGACCAACGCCAUCCAGGGCAUGUUCGUGCUGGGCCUCCCCUACGCCAUCCUGCACGGCGGCUAUCUGGGGCUGUUCCUCAUCAUCUUCGCCGCCGUGGUGUGCUGCUACACUGGCAAGAUCCUCAUCGCGUGCCUGUACGAGGAGAACGAGGACGGCGAGGUGGUGCGCGUGCGGGACUCCUACGUGGCCAUCGCCAACGCUUGCUGCGCCCCGCGCUUCCCCACGCUGGGCGGUCGCGUGGUGAACGUGGCGCAGAUCAUCGAGCUGGUGAUGACAUGCAUCCUGUACGUGGUGGUGAGCGGCAACCUCAUGUACAACAGCUUCCCUGGGCUGCCCGUGUCGCAGAAGUCCUGGUCCAUCAUCGCCACGGCCGUGCUGCUGCCCUGCGCCUUCCUCAAGAACCUCAAGGCCGUGUCCAAGUUCAGCCUGCUGUGCACGCUGGCCCACUUCGUCAUCAACAUCCUGGUCAUAGCCUACUGCCUGUCGCGCGCGCGCGACUGGGCCUGGGAGAAGGUCAAAUUCUACAUCGACGUCAAGAAGUUCCCCAUCUCCAUCGGCAUCAUCGUGUUCAGCUACACGUCGCAGAUCUUCCUGCCUUCGCUGGAGGGCAACAUGCAGCAGCCCAGCGAGUUCCACUGUAUGAUGAACUGGACGCACAUCGCCGCCUGCGUGCUCAAGGGCCUCUUCGCGCUCGUCGCCUACCUCACCUGGGCGGAUGAGACCAAGGAGGUCAUUACGGAUAACCUGCCCGGCUCCAUCCGCGCCGUGGUCAACAUCUUUCUGGUGGCCAAGGCGCUCCUGUCCUACCCUCUGCCCUUCUUCGCCGCCGUGGAGGUGCUGGAGAAGUCGCUCUUCCAGGAAGGCAGCCGCGCCUUCUUCCCCGCCUGCUACGGCGGCGACGGGCGCCUCAAGUCGUGGGGGCUGACGCUCCGCUGCGCGCUCGUGGUCUUCACGUUGCUCAUGGCCAUCUACGUGCCGCAUUUCGCGCUGCUCAUGGGCCUCACGGGCAGCCUCACGGGCGCCGGCCUCUGCUUCCUGCUGCCCAGCCUCUUCCACCUGCGCCUGCUCUGGCGCAAGCUGCUGUGGCACCAGGUCUUCUUCGACGUCGCCAUCUUCGUCAUCGGCGGCAUCUGCAGCGUGUCCGGCUUCGUGCACUCCCUGGAGGGCCUCAUCGAGGCCUACCGAACCAACGCGGAGGACUAA